AUGAUCAACGAGAUGCAAUCCUUAGUCACACUUGAACAAGUUCGUCACCUUACUCUAGGACCAAUCCUAACCAACAACGAAAGUAUCUCAACAACGAUACCUAUUUCGGAUCUUCGUUAUACUCACUUGUUCCAUAGUCGUUAUGAUUCUGAAGAGGAUCUACAAACAUAUAAUGUCCACUCUAAACAUAUAAAUACGGUUAGAGGCUUUAUUUUUCCUAUCUGCGAUGAUCUUUUAGUCGUGGACUGGAUAGGCGGAGAGGUUGCUCUCCCACCACAGCCUUCGCCCGGUAUUGCAUUCCGGGUGAGUUUCUUGAAACUCAAGGAAGAGAAUGAGAAGGACGGUGAAGUUAAGGAAGAGGUUUUUUGGGCUAUUCGAGGUAUUAAGGAGAGUAAGGGAGAAGUUAGUUAUGUGUCUUAUGGUGAAAAUAUAUCUUCGGCGAGGGCGAAUGGGUUCUCGAUAGCUUCACUUGUGGUUUUUUCGGGACGGGAGGAGUUGGAGAGUGUGGAUGCUGGUGAGGGUUUGGUUAAGGUUAAGGAGCAUUUAGAAAGUGUGGUGGUGGUUGAUUAUCUGGUUCCUUUGAAUUAA